AGUAUACGCUAUCUCUCGCAGUCGUCUGCGCAAUCUUCUGCUUUGUGGAAUACGUACAUCUGGCCAUUGCAGUGCUCCUUCCAUAGUCCUUCUUCCACCAGUGUGCCCAAUUAGUUGGAGGUUUCUUCUCUGUUUUUUCUUAACCACCUUUUUCAUUACUAAACAGACAUAAUGGUUGACCGAGCGGCCCCUUCUGGUGAUAUGAGAGCCCAUGCCUCCAAGGUUGCAGCCAAAUACGACAGUGGAAAUGAGCUGGAAGUUCGAAACUGGAUCAAGCAGCUUAUUGGCGAGGAUAUUGGCUCCGGCGCUCUCGAGGUGGAGAAAAGACUGAGAAGCGGUGUUCUGCUUGUUAGGUUGUGCAAGGCAGUUUACGACGGAACCCCCAAGGGGAACCUGCCCGACAAGUGCCGAAAGAUCAAACUCAAGUUCACAGAAAGUCAAAUGCCCUUUAAGCAGAUGGAGAACAUCGAGAUCUUCCUCAAGGGAAUAGAAGCGUACGGUGUCCCUAGCAACAGUCUGUUCCAGACGAACGACCUGUAUGAAGGACGCAACAUGGCAAUGGUCAUCUCCACCAUCCUCCAGCUCGGUACUGAGGCCCAGCGCCACGGCUUUAGCGGCCCAACCUGCGGCCCCAAGCCGUCCGAGAAGAUAGAGUACCAUUUCACAGAGGAACAGAUGAAGGCUGGGGCCGGCAUCAUCGGCCUGCAGGCGGGAACCAACAAAUGCGCCUCCCAGGCCGGCAUGAAAAUGGGAGCCUCCAGGCACAUAUCCGAUAUCAAGAUGGAGGAAAUGAGCAAAGAAGGCCAAGGAAUCAUCGGUCUCCAAGCCGGAAGCAACAAAGGUGCAAGCCAGGCAGGGAUGUCUAUGGGAGCCGUCCGUCAUAUUGCCGACAUCAGAAGUGAUGACAUGAGCAAGGAAGGACAGUCGGUUAUCGGUCUCCAGGCCGGCAGCAACAAGGGCGCGAGUCAGGCUGGGAUGUCCAUGGGCGGGGUCCGUCAUAUCGCUGACAUCAGAAGUGAUGACAUGUCAAGAGAAGGGCAGUCCGUAAUCGGUCUCCAAGCCGGUAGCAACAAAGGCGCGAGUCAGGCUGGAAUGUCCAUGGGCGGGGUCCGUCAUAUCGCUGACAUCAAAAGUGAUGACAUGUCCAGGGAAGGUCAGUCCGUCAUCGGGUUGCAGGCCGGAAGCAACAAGGGUGCGAGCCAGGCCGGGAUGUCCAUGGGAUCCGUCCGCCACGUUGCUGACAUCAAGACCGGAGAGGCGUCUCGGGCCGGACAGUCCGUCAUCGGACUGCAGGCAGGUAGCAACAAAGGCGCCAGCCAGGCAGGGAUGUCCAUGGGGGCACAGAGGCAUAUUGGGGACAUCGCCGUCGAAGACAUGUCCGCGGCUUCCAAAGCAACCAUCAACCUCCAGUAUGGAUCUAACCAGGGGGCCAGCCAGGCCGGUAUGGGAUACGGGAAGAGAGACAUCAAGGGACAGUAUUAAUAGGAUGGACUUUAAAACGACUGUGUUGGGCACUUGUUGAUUCUCGACUCAUGAACUCAUGAAAUCGAAUGCUGGCAACCAGAUCUGGUUAAUAUGUGUCCACGUUUAAGAGAAAAUGAAGAUGGUCUACUACUGCGGAUUUUAAAACACGUACUUAACAAAGUUUGAUGUUUUUUGUGGGGGA